GUUCUUUCAACGAGCAAGAUGUUUCGCUUGCUACUUUUAGCAUGUCUGGCGGCGACCUGCAUGGCAGAUGAGACCGAGCCCGCGGAAUCUGCUAUAACCAUCCACCGCGACGAUAGACAUCACGAGAGAGAUCGAGAUUAUCAUCGCUCUCACCACGCUGAUGAUCAUCACCGCCUACAUCACGAUGACGGACAGCACAGCUUCCGCCUCAACACGCAUGAUGACGAUUAUUUCCGGGGACCCGUGAUCCUGCGCUCCACUGGCGUUCAUGACAGCCACGGGCAUGGACCAGACAUAGCUCGUCAAAAUAAGAUAAUAGAAGAAGCAUACAGCCCAGACUACUACCAGCCAACUUGGAUUCUAGACUACAGAUACAUGAAGACCGGCGGCAGAGACUACACCCGCAGCCCUAGUGGACACUACAUCAUCCUCCCUAAGAAUGUCCACACAGAUGAGCAUAAGGAAUUCCGCGACUACGACAGUUUGCUCGAACAUCUACGUCUGAAGAACCUCGCUGAGAAAAAUGAAAUGCGCGAACGUUUCAAAAGCGAGUAUGAACAUCUAAGGACAGGAUCAAGAAACUAGAAGUUUACAUUUGUUUUAAACUUUAAAAUAUAUAACAUUUUGUAUUGAAAAAUUGUAAAUUUUUUAUAAUGUGUUAAUCUCUUGAAGUAUUUCAUUUAUAAUUAGAUGAAAAAUUUGGAGGUUGAAUCAAUUGAAUAUUACUACCCAAUUAAUUAUUAUUUCAUGAAUUAAGUUUAAUAUCUUGUACAUAAAUAAACGCCUUUACUUUAUUAAGUAUA